AUGAAGGCGUGUGAGAAGAAGAGGGCCUUCAGAGCGCUGCAGCGUGAGCUGCGGUCCCUGCAAGACCUUCACCGGUGCGGCUGGAGCGUUAGAGAGGAGCUGGAGGGGGCCAAAAAGAGCUUGAAAAGGCUAAUCGUCUUCCGUUCCAAAGUGGAAAACCUGGAUAUGGAUGAGAAGUGUAACUCGUUCUUUUUCAGGAAACUCCGCGCCGGCCACGCGCCCCUGAACGAACUUCGAGACAAAGACGGCAACAUGCGUUCGGGGAAGGAGGAAGUAAUGGGAGUCGUCACAGACUACUACAGCGACCUCUACUCCCUGAGGAACACCGACCAGAAGGCCGCCGAUAAAUUCCUGUCAGAAUCCUUCGAGGAGGCUAUCCGACAGAAUGGGGAGAUCAGAGGGAUCACCGCACCAAGACCUGGACACUACGAGGUCAAGUGCUCGCUGUACAUGAACGACGUGACCAUCUUCUGCGCCGACCGGCAUUCGGUGACUGCACUCGUCCAGACCUGCGAGGAGUUCGGACAAGCUUCAGGGGCCAAAGUCAACUGCGGCAAGUCAGAAGCCAUGCUCUUCGGGGACUGGCAACUGGCCUCUUCUGCCCCCUUCCCAUUUACCACCAAAUCGGGCUUCAUCAAAAUUCUGGGAGUCUGGUUCGGGAAGGAAGGCGCAGCCCUCAAGUCUUGGGAAGAACGCUUGGCCAAGGUGAAUCAAAGAAUUGGACUGUGGAGCCUUAGACACCUCACGAUCGAAGGGAAAGCACUCGUCCUGCGUAAUGAAGUUCUGCCCGUGCUACAGUACACCGCACAGGCAUGGCCCCUUCUUGCCACCGUUUCCAGGGCCAUCACCAGGACAGUGUUUCGCUUCAUCUGGGGAUCUAAGAUGGACAGAGUGAAACGAGCCAUCAUGUACAAAGAGCCCCGCAAGGGCGGAAAGGGCAUACCGGACCUGCCCCCUUUACUGCGGAUCGCCUUUGUUUGUGACAGCGUUCGUCGGACUCUGAGAACUGCUAACGGCUCUGCGGGCAAGGCUAUGUCUCGCUUUUUCCUCCUGCCCCUCUGGAGGGGACUGGGCUGGGACAAGUGGGACAGCUCCAUACCUUACAACUGGCUUGCUCCCUGGUUCUACGGGGACGUCGUUAGGUUUGUGAGGGAACACCAGUUGGAGGGCCUCAAACCCGACUUGUGGAAGCCAAAAACUAUCCACAAACUCAUCAGAGCAAAGGACAUGGUGGAGUCAAUUCCAGGGAUCCAGGACGACACCGUAGAGACAGUUUGGACUAAUGUGUCGUCAAACAGGUUGACCAACGGGCAUAAGGACUUGUCAUGGAUGGCCAUUCAGGGCGGACUGCCCAUCCGGUCAUUCAUGCAUGCCCACAAUCUGUGCAAAACCAGGUACUGCCCCAGGUGCCCUUUCGUGGAGGAAACAUCUUAUCACCUGUUUUGGGAGUGCCCCUUUGCACAGCGCCUGUUGGACACCCUGGAACAUGAACUCAAAGACUCUGUACCCAGAAAACAGCCUGCAAUGCACUUCGGUGCUGUAUGGACUAUUUCCUGGGAUUCAUACUGUUGGAGCCAUCCAGGAGGCCUGGCGCCUUAUGAACUGUUUUAAGGACGCUAUUUGGUUUGCUAGGAACCGGCUCAUCCUCAGGAGGGAGAACAAGUCCGUCCUGGACUGCCGCAGACUUAUCCAUAGUCUGUUGCGGGACUACAACAUCUCGGACGUUGACUAAGAAGAAGAGGACUAAACCCCUCUCCUUCCCCCUCUCCCCCCGUUUGCAUUUGUCCUCUCAAUAAAGCUUUGGGCAUGUGAUUCCCCCUCCCUACCCCCUCCUUCCCACUUCC